AUGGUGGUGCGGGAGUGGGUGUGGACCAAUGGCGGAUUCUGCAGCACGACUGCGGAAAGGGCUUCCUCAGCCACGGAUCUGGAGGAGAUGGUGCGGCGGAUGAUCCUGGAAGGGCUCGGGGUGGCGAAGCACCACGAGACGCAGAGCGAGUCCAUGUGGCACCUGUUCCGGAUGUCCGAGUACAAGGCUCCUAAUUCCGACGAGAAGGUCACUGGGUACAUCACCCAUCAGAACACCAACUGGCUUAGCAUCGUGUGCCAGAACGAGGUGAACAGGAAUGAGAUGCAAACCACGGACGGUGAGUGGGUCCUCGUCAAGCCGUCGCUGACCUCACUCAUUGUCAAUGUCGGCAAUGCCCUAUCUAACACUAACACAGUUAACGCUACAAAGAAGUUAAUUUCCCCCAUCAUUUUGAUAUGCAAGAAAACUCUUGCAAUUCGUACCUCCUAG